AUGAUGCGGGCAACGGCUAGAUUAAAUUGUUCUGUGCCAGAUUGUUCCCUUUUUCAUCCCAAUGAUUAUAAGGAACACAUGACAAAAUACCAUCUCAAAAAGGUUUAUAAGUGCCCAUUUUGUGUCGUAGCGUGUUUUAAUGAAUCAACUAUGGAAAAACAUUUGAAGGGACAUAAAACUGAUGUCAAACCUUUGUUAUUUUAUCAGUGUGAUGUAUGUCCUGGCCGCUAUGUCCUGCAAAACCCAAAAUUCAAUGACCAACAUUUAAAAAGUCACAUCAACACUAAUAUUUUUCCAUGCUGGGCUUGUGGAUCAGCGUUCAAGGAGGUUUCGAUUUUAUUGAAUCAUUUUAUUAAGAAACAUAAUAAAUCUGAAGCAGUCGAAGUUGCAUUAAAUGCUAUUCUAAAUGAUAGCUCUAUGCAAUUAAGUAAACCAAAAAGAAUAUAUCGCGUGGUAAAAAGAUGCGAACAAUGCAAAAGGAGUUUUACGUACAAGUGUAAAUAUGAGGAGAUACAAGUACUCCCUAAUGAAUGUCCUUUCAAAUGUACUUCUACUAUGCAAUCAAACGUUACGCCCGAAAAAAUACGAGAUCGCUACGGCAAACAUAUAACAUGUCAUAUUUGUCGUGUACAAGUUCCAGAAGACUGGACAGAAAUUAAAAAACAUUAUGCUGCUCUCCAUAAAACACACAAAUGUUUGGAUGCUGAAAUACUGCUCACAAGAGUAGACAUUAAAAAAUAUCUAAAUAGAAAAAAAAUCGGCAGGCCGCGAUCAAAAAUAAAUUUUUUACAGAAAAUAUCGAAGAAAACAAAACAUCAGCAACUUAAUAAAUCUUCUACACCAUCAGUUACAAAUGACGAAAUAGUAUCAAUGCCACAUUAUAUUCCUGUUGAUUUUUUUGAGUGUAAUAUGUGUGACAGCAAAUACGAAGAAAAAACAAUGUUGGAAAAACAUAUGAUAUCUCAUAAAGAUCCUUAUAUGGCCUACCAGUGUAUGGAAUGUGCACAAAGCUUUGAAGUCAAGCAAUUAUUCUCCAAUCAUUUACAGUUAGAACAUAAUAUUACAGAUACUGAUAAAUAUAUUAACAAUAAACUAUGUUAUAACGAAAAUGCUCUUACAAAACAUCAAAACAAUACGGAAAUCACAGAUUUACUUUUCGUUGCGAAUCAAUGCAGGAUCUGUCUGGACGAGUUUGAUGACCCAGAAGCUUUGGAAAAACAUUGCCGGGUACAUGGAAUGGCUUUCUUGGUGAACAGUGCGUUAACUAAGCCUAAUACAUUAUAG